AAACAACACACUUGACUUGUUAUCAAUAUCAUCUUGGGGAAAACCAAAUGUCUAUUUUAAGAUAUUUUUAUUUCUUCAGUCAUGAGUGUUUCGUAUACGGUGGGUGGGAAGUCCCUAACUCACUCGAGGCAAAGGAAGGGGGUAGCAGAUCGAGAGAAAGACGAGAAAAACAGAGCUAAAACUUCAACAUUAUCGUCAACAAAAUCGCCAGCAACUAUUCAGGAAUUUCAGCGGCAACGGGGUCGGGGAGGCAAGCGCAACUCGACGGGAGAGGAGCCCGGAAAUCGUCGUAAGGCUGGAUCUGGGACAGGAUCUGGCGCUCAGCAAGGAGCUGUGGCUACAGUCGGCAAACCUCAUGAAACUUCGAGUGGCUCCGCCAUUGUCACGCUUUCUGACUUGAAUAAUCGACAAAGAAAAAAUAAAACUCAGAGUGAUAUUGAUUCAUCAUCACCCCAUGGGCCCCACAAGAGCAGCAAUAAAACAGCAUGUGUACUAUAUGUAGGGAGCAGUCGCGCAUGCCCCAGACUGUGGUACAUUUUACCACAAGCAAGAACUGGCGGAAGAAAAUUAGGUUGUAUUUCUGAUUCGCAAAACUUUAACAUUAAGUCUCAUCAAUUUCAUGGACAAAUGCUAGACAAACCAUUGCUACCAUCUUCAAUUUCAACUCUUGUACCUAAUAGUACUAGAUCUAGUAGAAGUACACACCAGAACAAAACUAGGCCUACCUCAAAAUCAAAUCAAUUACCGAGUGAUGUGAGUAGGACUUCAACAAAUUCAAUCAAUUUGAAAACAGGGACAAGCAAUAAAAAUAGAUCAACGUCGGUGAGAGGAAGAGGAUUGAAAGAUAGGGGUUCAUCUAGUGUUGGAACAAUGGCAUACAACAACGGCAGAUACACAUCCAGCAGUGGUUUGUACUCCCCUAACUCUGGGCAAGUUGGCCAAGCUCGUUCAGGUGCGCGUGCGGAUGACGACGGGCAUCAACAGCAGGCCCCUGGAACGUCAUCAUCUCAGGGGAGCUCCCAGCAACCACAGCCUCAGACGGAAAGCACUGCAUCAAGUUACCGUGUAAUUCCACCAAAUUCUAGCAAGAGGCAGCAGAUGCUGACCAAAUCUUCGCAAGAAUUAAAGGCACUAGAAGAUUACAGGGCUUCCAAGAAACCAGCCUAUGUAUCAGGAGAAGCUCAGAGUACAGGAGGAAGUAAAAGCCUAGAGGAAGCAAGAUUGGCAAUGGAAAGGCAACACCGAAACAAGAAAUAUGAACAAAUUCUAAAGAAAGAACAACGAGAUGAAGAAAAGAGGGAAAGAGAAAGGAAGGAAUAUGAAGAGAAGAAAGCCAGAGCUCGUAAAACGGCCGAAGAAAAUGAACGCAGGAGAAAGGAGAGAGAAGAAAGGGUCUUGAAAGAUGACCAUUCCAGAAUUAAUGAAACAUUCCUGAGAAAGCUAGAGACAGGAGCAAAACUAGAACAGAGUCAAACAUCAGUUUCGCAAAGUCCAGAGCUUCAAAGGCUACUGGAGAUGUUUCCAAACAAGAAGCCUUCCAAGCUUCAGGAACUGCUUAGCUUGACAGACAAUGAUGUGGAGAAAGUCAUAGAACUCCUAUUGGAUUGAAGAUGACAAAGGAUGGUGGAGGAUGUACAAAGGCCUUCCAGGGCUCCAUCUUACAAAGACUUACAAUUGAUCCAAUCAAUCAUAACUCUAUGGAAAUCCAUUAGUGUCAUAAUUUCUUC